AUGGGAGCACUACGUACCACCGGCUACCCGCCGUCUGCCUUUUUCCCACUCGUAUUCUCUGUUGAUCUCCAUCCUGGCAGAGGCAUGAAGAUCGCCGGCCACGGUGUCUUUUUGCUUCAUAUCCAGCAUAACACUGCAGCAGCAGAUACUGAAUCAACUUAUAUCUACCACAAGCCACUCCGUACAACGAGGCACUCUCUAGCAGUAGGAACACAUGUAGAUAUAGGCCAUAGACUACUCCGUACAACUGUCUAUACAUCUGUCUACAUCGGCGCUGAAGAAAGCGAAAAAACCAGUAAAAAGCCGACCGACGAGCAGAAGAAGAGACGAAGACGCCGUCUAUCUGUCUCACUCGCUUGUCUGGCCAAAUAUUGGACGUUAAAGCGCCUUGUAUUGGCCGCUGCUGGCACUUCUGAGGGCUGCGGCUUGCUGACUCCUUUUGCGAUCUUCGUCUCUUUUUCGCCCCUUUGGCCCCUUGUCCUUUUUCACCAUCUUCUCUUCUUCUUCUCUGCUUCUCUUCUCUACUUCUAUUUCUCUUCUCCCGCUAUCAAGGCCGCUGCCGCUGCUGAUGCUGCUCGCGGCGACAUGAACAGGCAUUCGGCCUUUUCCAAUGGCUAUACCGCUGCCCCCAAGCGGGAGAGCGGUACAUUUUCCAUCUCCCCCCAUAGAGAUGAAGACGAAGACGGAGAGAUGAAGAAGAUAGCUGACUGGCAAAGAUUCCAACCUCGCUCUCAGCCUGCUCUUCGCCGCCGCCGGGCCCUGCUGCAGCGUCUCGUCGUCGGCGGCCUGCUCUCGAUCGGCCUGCUGCUCUUCCUCUUCCCUUCAUGGCGCCCGUCGGUGCUGGGAGCAGCCUCGCUCGGCCUCUUCGCCGCCUCAGACGACUUCCAGCUCGAGACCGUCCGCUACUACGACCUGUCGAACGUCGAGGGGACGCCCAGGGGGUGGGAGCGCGAGGAGCGAGUCCUGCUGUGCACCCCCCUAAGAGACGCCGCGCCUCACCUGCCCAUGUUCUUCUCGCAUCUGCGCAACUUCACCUACCCUCACCACCUCAUCGACCUGGCCUUCCUGGUCUCGGACUCGAAGGACGACACCUCGGGCCUGCUGACGAAGCUGCUGGAGGAGCUGCAGAACGACCCGGACCCGCGGCAGCCGUACGGCGAGAUCUCGGUCAUCGAGAAGGACUUUGGCCAGAAGGUCAACCAGGACGUCGAGAGCAGACACGGCUUUGCGGCCCAGGCCUCGAGACGGAAGCUCAUGGCCCAGGCGAGGAAUUGGCUGCUGAGUGCCACGCUGCGCCCGACGCAUAGCUGGGUCUACUGGCGAGACGCUGACGUUGAAACCGCACCGUUUACCAUCCUCGAGGACCUCAUGCGGCAUAACAAGGACGUCAUCGUCCCUAGUGUAGAUGUUUGGAGACCGCUGCCAGACUGGCUGGGUGGAGAGCAGCCGUACGAUCUGAACUCGUGGCAGGAGUCCGAGACCGCCCUGGCUCUAGCUGAUACAUUGGAUGAAGACGCCGUCAUUGUCGAGGGAUACGCCGAGUACGCUACCUGGAGACCCCAUCUGGCCUACCUGCGAGACCCCUUUGGCGACCCGGACAUGGAGAUGGAGAUCGACGGAGUCGGCGGUGUCAGUAUCCUGGCCAAGGCAAAGGUCUUCCGGGCGGGAGUCCAUUUCCCUGCUUUUUCCUUUGAGAAGCACGCCGAAACAGAGGCCUUUGGAAAGAUGUCGAAACGCAUGAAAUUCUCCGUCGUCGGCCUGCCGCACUACACGAUCUGGCAUCUGUACGAGCCCAGCGUCGACGACCUGCGCCACAUGAAGGAGAUGGAGCGAGAACGCAAGCAGCGAGAGGCGGAAGAGAAGGAGAAGAAGGAAAAGGCGAAGAAGAUCAAGGAGCAGUUCAAGGACUCCAGCGUUGAGUCUGAGAAGGACAGUGCCGCCGUACACGACAUCAUGCAAAAGGACAAGACCCAGCAGCAACUGAAGGAGAAAGAGAAGAAGAAGCAGCAGCAGCAGGAGAAAGACAAGGCCUCGAAGCAGUCAAACGACGGCUCUGACAAGACGGACAAGACGGACAGCAAGAAAGAGGUCAAUAAUGAAGUCAAGAAUGAAGUCAGGAAAGACGUGAAAGAUGUCAAGGACGAGGCUAAAGAAGAAGCUGGCAAACCGGACGACAAGACCCAGGCUCAACGGUCCAACGGCCAAAAGACAUCAGACAAGCAGAAGCAGAAGCCCAGAGACAAGGCCAGAGAAGCGUCGAGAGGCGAGCAGAAGGCCGAAUGA